AUGGUGGCAGCCGUGCGACAGGAUUUGGCCCAGCUCAUGAAUUCGAGUGGCUCUCAUAAAGAUCUGGCUGGAAAGUAUCGUCAGAUCCUGGAAAAAGCUAUUCAACUAUCCAGAGCAGAUCAACUAGAAGCUUUGAAAGCUUUUGUGGAAGCAAUGGUAAAUGAAAAUGUCAGUCUCGUGAUCUCUCGACAGUUGCUCACUGAUUUCUGCACACAUCUCCCUAACCUGCCUGAUAGUACAGCCAAAGAAAUUUAUCACUUCACCUUGGAAAAGAUCCAGCCUAGAGUCAUUUCAUUUGAGGAACAGGUUGCUUCCAUAAGACAGCAUCUUGCAUCCAUAUAUGAAAAAGAAGAAGAUUGGAGAAAUGCAGCCCAAGUGUUGGUGGGAAUUCCUUGGGAAACAGGACAAAAACAGUACAAUGUAGAUUAUAAGCUGGAGACUUAUCUGAAGAUUGCUGGGCUAUAUUUGGAAGAUGAUGAUCCAGUCCAGGCAGAGGCUUAUAUAAAUCGAGCAUCAUUGCUUCAGAAUGAAUCAACCAAUGAACAAUUACAGAUACAUUAUAAGAUAUGCUCUGCACGUGUUCUUGAUUAUAGAAGAAAAUUCAUUGAAGUUGCACAAAGGUAUAAUGAGCUCUCUUAUAAGACAAUAGUCCACGAGAGUGAAAGACUAGAGGCCUUAAAACAUGCUUUGCACUGUACCAUCUUAGCAUCAGCAGGACAGCAGCGUUCUCGGAUGCUAGCUACUCUUUUUAAGGAUGAAAGGUGCCAGCAACUUGCUGCUUAUGGGAUCCUAGAAAAAAUGUACCUAGACAGGAUCAUCAGAGGAAAUCAGCUUCAAGAAUUUGCUGCCAUGCUGAUGCCGCACCAGAAAGCAAUUACAGCUGAUGGUUCCAGCAUCUUGGACAGAGCUGUUUUUGAACACAAUUUGUUGUCUGCAAGCAAAUUCUAUAAUAAUAUUACCUUUGAAGAACUUGGAGCUCUUUUAGAGAUCCCGGCAGCUAAGGCAGAAAAGAUAGCAUCUCAAACGAUAACAGAAGGACGUAUGAAUGGAUUUAUUGACCAGAUUGAUGGAAUAGUUCAUUUUGAAACACGAGAAGCCCUGCCGACAUGGGACAAGCAGAUCCAAUCCCUUUGUUUCCAAGUGAAUAAUCUUAUGGAGAAAAUCAGUCAAACAGCACCAGAAUGGACAGCACAAGCCAUGGAAGCCCAGAUGGCUCAGUGAAUCCUU